GUGGGUGUGGCAUGUUACCGAGUGAUGACGGUGACAACAUAGUCUUGGUGAUCGACUACUCUUAUCUACACCUGGCCUGUCCAUAUCUUACAGGUACAGGGGGCGAGUGGCUCGACGAUGUGUCCGCUAUCCACACCCGUAUCACCCCACACUCGCCAAGUUACUACCUCCCCCUCCCCACGUGCACCUUUCACUGUGCGUGGUUGCCAGGCAACGAUGUGUUGCCCCUAAAAUGUAGCUGCCACCAACAUUGUUUACAUGGCUCACACGCCUACGGGGUGGUCAGUCAGCACAUAGAAUGAAACUAAUACCUCUGAUGGCAGUGUAACACCAUUUCAGGACCUGUUUGUCUACUCAGAAAGCAAUGGCCAGAAAAGCGCUUCAUCUUGUCGUAGAUUUGGAAAUACAGGCUGUAACAUGCCCAGGAGUAUGGCUCUGUCCCAAUGGGAACGUGCAACUCCUCUUUUCGAUGUUGGGUGAAGAAGUGCAAACCAAAAGACUGCCCCCAGUGUUUCCUUUGCUAUUCCAUGAAAAACAUGUUUUUGAGAAGACAUUUCCAAGUGCUGGUUGUCUAGCAGAGGUGCAGGAUACUCUUGGGCGGGAGAAUGUGUAUGCUGUGUUGAUUCAGGAGGUGGAAGGACCUAAUGGAAGCGCUGCUGUCCAAUUGGCUCGGUUCCACAGCAGUGCUUUGCAUAUUUUGUACCCUUCCCCCUGUUCGAAGGGACUUCUAGCCGGAGUUGAUGUUGACUUAUUGAUGGAAGCAUCAGCAGAUUUCCCAGGAAUAUUGAGUCCAAAAAUUGAACUGUCAACAAAAACAAUAGUCAAAGAAGUUGCUAGUGCUGUUCAAGAUGGAUAUAUAAUUAAUCCCAAAACAUUAAGUUCUCAGAGAAUAUCCUUGCGCCAUUGUGCAGAAGGGGAUGUAAAAACAACUGAUCCAAGAGGAAAAUUUAGGAUAAGUUCCACAAGACAGCCUGAACAAGGUCAGAAAUUUAAGCAUGGUCAAGGCUCAAGUAACAGUUGGGCAAUACCCAGGGUUCCACCAAGUCGUAUGCAACACCGAAGUAGUCAUUCAAACGUCAAUGCACAUCCAAAUAGACAUCUACACUGCACAGAAAAAUGUGGAUUACAAGAAUCUACACAAGACUGCAAUGAAUUUUGUCACUGUGGCACAGAACACUCAGCAAGUAAGUGUCCUUUGUGCAUGCAAUACAAAAAUGUUUUCAGCUCAUUCUCGGAUUUCAAAGAUACUCAACAAGAUCAAUACAGAAAUCAUCCUGCAGGAUGCAUGAAAAAAUGGCCAAUAUCUGCCAAAAUUGAAAACACAAACAGGCUAUCAAAGUCACUUCAUGACCAUGUGGAUCGAAUCUUAGAACCUACAAUGAGUAAUAUACUACAUAAUAGGGAUUUUAAUGCCUAUGCCCCUUUCUCUCAAUCCCAGUCCCAUCACGGAAUCAGCCAGAGAAAGCAGGAGUCCAACAUUACAGAAUCAGUCAAGAAACCAUGUGAAUCAGACCCAUGUUUUCAAGUCAGCUGUGGUAGCGGCGAUGAAUACAUUUCGCAUCGAAAAUUAUUUUAUGCUAAUCUUGAGAAAUUCUACAGAAAACUUUAUGAUCGAGCAAAGAGCAGAGCACAGGAAGAAAAUUGUUCUGGGACGAACGGGAAUUAAUUAAUGACAAACUUUGUUAAAACUGUGAU